GUUUGUUUCAAGAUGAAAAGGAAACAGAUAUUUUUUUAGUUUACAUUUUUACUCGACUUAUGAAUGGUGACAACUUAUUCGAAAACAGACACUCAUAAAAUUUUAAAAAUAUCAUAUUUUCAAUAAUUAAGAGUUUGUCUGAAGGCUUUGGUCAGCACAGAACUCUUUGAGUAUGGAUUCAGCAGAACUAGGUGCGAGUAAAUCAGUGGACAGCUCCACAGGCUGGGUUCAUGAUUCUGAAAUCUCUUGCUGGGAUGCUUCGAUGGCUGGCGGAGAAUCUAAAACAGACCAGGGUUCUCAUAGAUCUAAAGCACGUCUUGACUCAAGUGUUGGAGGGGCUACUCUCGGAGAGGAGAUUAUGUCAAAGCUCUCUAGAAUUAAUGGCGCCAUCAAUAAAAUGUCUAAGGAACAAAUGCAAACUAAACUUGCAGAGAUUCAUCUGAGCACAAGCGGUGUUAAAGAUGUUUUGAAGAAGCGGUUGAAAAACUACUACAAACGGCAGAAGCUAUCUCAGCUAAACAAACCCCUACUAGAGGAGGAAAAAAUGAAAUACGACUACUUGGUGGUGAUAGACUUUGAGGCAACUUGUAGUGAAACCAAUGAAAACUUUGUUCAUGAGAUCAUUGAAUUUCCUGCUGUUUUAAUUGAUACAAAAAACAACGCUGUGUGUAAUGUGUUUCAAAGGUUUUGCAAGCCUAAUGUUAACCCCAUUUUGACUGACUUCUGCACAUCUUUAACUGGCAUCUCACAACAACAAGUAGACAAGGCCAAAGAUUUUACCCAGGUGUUUGCGGAGUUUGAGGAGUGGAUGGCUAUACACAAGCUGGGCACAGAGCACGAGUUUGCUAUUCUCACUGAUGGCCCAUGGGACAUGGCCAGAUUUUUAAAAACUCAAACUGAGCUAAGUGGCAUUCCAUUUCCUCGCUGGGCCAAACAAUGGAUCAACCUGCGCAAGGCCUACACAGCUUUCUACGCCUGUGGCCGCGUCAACCUUCAUCAGAUGUUGGAGGAACUGGGCAUGAAGUUUCAAGGCCGGCCUCACUGCGGACUGGACGAUGCUCGGAACAUCGCAGCCAUCGCCCUGCGCCUCUUGCAAGACGGCUGCAUCAUGAGGAUUAAUGAACACUACAGGGAGGGGGUGAUCAGCCCUCAAAAAUCCAACAGCUCGUCGCGGGGCAACCGGUCAGCUGGUUCCCACAGAUCCCCCCCUAAAUCCAGAAUGACACAGAAACACGUGCAGAAGGACCAGGGCAGAGAGCCUUACAACGUCCAUCAGGAGGGGGAGAACUUGAGUGACUUGAUGGAGUACCUGAAGCUACAGAAGUCCUAGCUACAGCCACUGAGUUCUGGUUCCUGAAUAAUGCUAAACAGACGCGGGCAGGCCCUUAUGCAAAGGAUUUAACAUCCUUUGAGAAGAUUUUAAACAGUUGUAAUUAGUUUUUAUAUUAUACCAACACAGUUUGUAAUGGUGGUUGGGGAAGGGGGGUGUGACAAAUCUAAGGAUGUUCUGGGGUUUAUUUUCAUAGAAUUUUGAAGAAAUAAAUAGAUUUUUAUUUAACUGUAUGAUAGGUGACUACAUGAAUAUCUCUUAGAAUCAUUGCUUGUGUCUCUUCUCACAUCAAGACAUGAAUUAGAUCUUGCUGGCUAAUGUUAAUAGCUCUCUUAAUACCAACAUCCAACACAUUGUUUUCAUCUUCUUAUGUUGGAUACAAAGAUACAACUCAACAAAUUUCAUGACAUCAUUCAAACAUACAAUUGAUAUGAAAGACAUUCAACUCAACAAAUUUGAUCACACCUUUAAAUACGCCCACCAAAAGGGCAAACAGCCAACAUCCAAUGAAGUGAGACAGGCCUGUUUGCUGAUUACAGGAAAAUUUGAGACAAGUCUGGAUGGAUUUUGGAUUUGAUCAAAUUUUUCAAGGGAAGCAAUUUAAGAUUUUCUCAGGUUCAAACUUCAUGAGUAGGACUAGUCUUGUGAAUAAUGGUAAUCUUUGAGUCACCAGUUUCCAAUGGUGAUCUUUGAGUCACCAGUUUCCAAUGGUGAUCUUUGAGUCACCACUUCUCUAAUGGUGAUCUUUGAGUCACCAGUUUCCAAUGGUGAUCUUUGAGUCACCAGUUGUCUGAUGGUGAUCUUUGAGUCACCAGUUGUCUAAUGGUGAUCUUUGAGUCACCAGUUGUCUAAUGGUGAUCUUUGAGUCACCAGUUGUCUAAUGGUGAUCUUUGAGUCACCAGUUGUCUAAUGGUGAUCUUUGAGUCACCAGUUCUCCAAUGGUGAUCUUUGAGUCACCAGUUCUCCAAUGGUGAUCUUUGAGUCACCAGUUCUCCAAUGGUGAUCUUUGAGUCACCAGUUGUCUGAUGGUGAUCUUUUAGUCACUAGUUCUCCAAUGGUGAUCUUUGAGUCACCAAAUUCUUAUGGUGAUAUUUGAAUCACCAGUUGUCUAAAGGCCAUCAAACAAUGAAGUCCCCAGUUGUUUAGUGAAAGUGAUAAAAUUGUUUUAAUCCUCAGGGUUACAUGAAAUGUUUCACUUUUUUCUCCAUCAUUAAAGUAGCUUAUAAUUACACUUUAAUUAUUUUUUUUACAAAGAAGUGGUGUGAGAGAUCAAUAUUAUUUCAAUACCAAGUAAUUAUUAUGUCUGUUUUAACAAUAAAUUUUGUUUACAAUUUUA